GUUUUUAGCUGGUGUGGUUAUGGUUCAGUUUUUCUUGUUGAGGUUAUGUUUGAGGGUCUCGAGAAAGGAGAAGCAGGGUGAUUUGAAAUUGUCGUUGUAUCAAGCAAUCGGGGGAUUUCAAAAUUCGUGUUUUCAUACGCGGAGCUAGGGUUUUGGGCUUACAUUCCUUAAACGCUUCCAUUGCUUAAAUCCUUUCCAGACUUACCUAUAAAGUCAUUGAUGAUUUAGUUAUAUGUAUGUGCACCGCUCAAAAUGAAUACUCCUACUAUCGAUACAAUCAUCAAGCCAAGCCUUACCGAGUCCGAGGAGAUGCUGCUGACAAAUUCAAUCAAGAUGCUUCUAAAUGGUCUCCAAAGUGAGGUAUCAAAUUUGCAGGACUUUGAAAUGCAUUUCCACCGUUUGAUUCGCGGACAUAAAGAUCCCCCUGUCGAAUUCCUUUGUUUCUUUUUGGCAAUAAAAUACCGUUCUCUUAUAGGCACAGACCCUAUUUGUGCUGCUAAUGAUUUGUUCUAUUGGUCAUUUUGGCUUUCACCUUCAUGUAAUGCCUUGACGAGGGUUGCUGCGGUAGCUCCAAUCAUUCCUGUUCUUUACAAAUCCUGUGUUGGUUUAUCAAAGGCGGAUGCGCGCUUGAGACAAAUUGGAUGUUUGUUAAAAAAAAUUGUUAAUUAUAUCAUCUUGUGCGGCAGUUUGGAGGAUCAAAGAGAAGGGAUAGAGAAAUUAUCAUAUUGUUUUAAAGAUAUUUUGCAAGUUUGGUCGAUGGAUCAAGUUAAGAGCGAUUGUGAACCUCUAGACCAUUUAAGGAUAUUUUUUCCGCUUUUAAGUGAUGAAGUUCGACUGCAGAUAAGUUCAUGUUACAGGACAGACUAUUUAGCUGCGGUUGUUAUGGUAGAGAUGUUAUUAUUAAUGUUACAGUUUAAACUAAGUUUUGGGGUUUGUGGCGUUGACCAGCAAAUGGAUAUAACUACAUGGGUAGUGCAGACUUUGGAGGAAUUCAAGAACUUUACCUUUUAUGAUAUGCUUCUCAGAAUGAUGUUGGAGCCGAGUUUGCCAGUUAGCACCUUAUUGAGUUCUGAGGAGGAAAUACUUCUAAGACGAGUGUUGUACGAUGCUGUUUUACUGGGCGAGCUUCCAUUUUUAAGAUCUGGUAGAUUCGGACAGCUGCAUGAGAACCACUUGAAAAAUAUGUUCUUGGCAUGGCUGCUUGUUGCAGACAAUGCCAUAGAGUUUGAGAGGGAAUAUGGGGCAGGACAACGCGCCACAACCGUUUCUUACACAGAAGCCUUCGCUAGAUCUGACAUUCCUAACCUGCUAAUUAAAUUGGCAGCUAAUCAAAUGAUUCAAAUCGGCAUUAAGGAGAAACUGAGUAGGCCAAGCACACCCACUCCCAAAGCUCUUAUUGAAUGGCUAUUGGGCCUCCAGGAUCUCGGGGUUAGAGUUUUCGAAGAUAGUUCUACAUUACAUGCUAAAGCUACUGUGUGCAGUUUACGUCAAGGCUAUGGACUUCUCGAAUAUAAAUCGACUGUGAAUUUAACAUCCACACAUGGGAGAAGGAAACGUUAUGAAGAAAUGAGUGCAGAGGAACCACAGGCUAAGUUUGUGAAGUGUGAAUUUCAUAAUUCUCCGUUCACUAGUAUUUCUUUGCAUCCCACCUUUGGCAACGCUUUGAUUAGUGGAAGCCAGGGUAACACAACUGGGAGUGGAUUGUGUAUGGAAGAUGAGAAGAAAAAAACAACUCCUAAUGAUGCCGACGAAGAGAUGGAAGAUGUAGACUGAAAAAGUAUCUGAUGGAACUCUCUUGUAUCGAAACUAAUGUUAGCCGAAUCUAUAUGGUUUCUUCAGUAGAGCCAUAUGUAGCCUCAUAAUAUGUGUGUACCGGAGGAUGUACAAUGCAAAACUUUUAUCCUUCGCUGCAUAUGAAGCAAGCUUAUUGCUUUAUUGAAGGAUGCAGAAGAUACUCCUGUUAUCUUUAUUUUUCGUUUUUAAGGUUAUGAAGAAAUUAUGUACUUGCUUUUUAGUCAUUGGA